GUGAAGCCCUGGGUGCUAUUGGGAAUCCCAACGUGCUGGAUAUCCUGAAACGCUAUUCAGAGGAUCCUGUGGUUGAGGUAGCCGAGACAUGUCAGUUGGCAGUGAGGAGACUGCAGUGGCUGCAGGAGAACAAGCACGAUCCAGGCACCAGCCCCUACCUCUCCGUGGAUCCCGCUCCCCCUGCGGAGGAGACGGAUGUCACCAAACUCCGUGAGACCCUCCUGGACGAGUCCCGGCCGCUGUUCGACCGCUACAGAGCCAUGUUUGCCCUGCGGAACGUGGGGGGCCGCGCUGCUGUGCUGGCGCUGGCGGAUG